GGCUGUGCAGUCAUUGUUGUGUCGCUGUACGUGUCGCGGCAUCGCGUGGAAAUGGAGAGUGCAGAUUUUCUUCUCAGCCUUCUACUGCUACUGAGUCUAUCAGCGCCGGUUCCAGCGUCUACCCUGGCAGGAUCGUGCGUCGAGGCCGGCUUCGCGGAGUGCUGCGACCUUGAGGUGCACGGGUUGUGCUUCGCUCCGCCGACCUUCUGCCUCUGCGACCCGUCGUGUCGAGAGCACGGCGACUGUUGCGAAGACAUCGAUGACAUCUGUACGCCAGAGCACCCAGAACCGGUGCCACCUAUUUUGCUGCUAGCGUUGGAUGCCACCUACCACACAGCCACUCUGCUCUGGGGCCUUCCUCCAGAGGCCAAAGACUGCAACAAACCAGACCUACUCAGUCAUAUACUGGGACUAUGAAGAUCCAAACACUACCUACUCUGUCAACGUCAGCCAGGACACAGAGAUAGGACAGACUACUAUGAGACACACUCUGACAGGUCUCAGUCCUGGCCUCCUCUACCAGUGGGCCGUUGAAACCAGCACUGGGACAAUAUCCUUGCCGUCUGUAGUGUCAAACUUCUCCACAAUGGGUGUAGCUAAGCUGGAGAGGCUCAGUGUUCGAGUAUAUAACAGAUCGUCUGUUUUGGUGGCGUGGGCGUGUCCUCAGCUCCCGUUUGGAGUCAGAGUACACAGUUACACGGUCCACUAUGCCGGGACUGCACCGUCUGGUAGUGGCAGGGAGUACACUGGUCGUCUGACUGUGUGGGAGGGCCCUGCUGUUGUGGCUGGUCUCAGAUCAGAUUCUUUCUACCAAUUCUGGGUCCACGCCACAGUGGUGGAGGGCUCCAUUCAGUCGGAUGGUAUCGUAUCCUCUGAGAACGCCACCGUUUUUGUGCCAGACUCGACCACAGUGCAAUUAAGAGGUGGUCUUUUCAAGCCUUGCUGCAACUGGACUGAGACAACCGAAGUGGAGGUACUGGAUGCAUUUCGCCGUGCCAUAUAUGAAGCAAUUUAUGGUGAUAUGAAAGAUGAUGAUAGGGGUAGGGGGCUAAUUGAGAGAGACUUUGUUCUCUGUGAGGACAGCAGUUCUGGUGGGAGUCAAGCAGUCUACAGAGGCUCUAUCUUCUCAUCCCCUGGCCUUACCACCGAGACAAUCAGUCGUCUUCUAGAGCAGCAAGUCAUCACUGGAGAGCUGUCAGGGGUUGUAGUGGACAAAGCCUGCCCUGUUAGCCUCUUUAGGACCAGUGAACCUUUAUGUAGAUCAGCACCAACACAGCAUCAGGAUUUGGACAAAGACUGCCAGAAACGGGACCAAGGGACAACGAUAGUGGCAGGUUCACUCGCUACCACCACCAACUGCACCUGCCGGCAGCUCGCUGACAGAGAGACUACAGUGACUGUAGCGCUGUUAGCAACAGCACUCGUUGCUGAACUCUUUCUGGUGGUCUUUGUGAUUCUUUUGGUCACUGCGUCAGUCAUGGUGGUCAGAAGAAGAAGAAGAUAUCUAGAGGAAGAAAAGUCUCCACACCACAGCCAAGCACAACCCAAUGAAUAUUCUUGAACCUCCCCCAACCCAAGGCCAGUGAUCAUCAUUUCACACAUCCUCUGUCAUAUUAUUUUGAUCUUUGCAUUAUACUACAUACUAAUUUGAUACCAGGAGCAGUCUAUUUUUGUUUCACAAUCGAUUGCCAUUUUCGUGUGUGCGUGAGUGCAUGUGUGGGUGUGCACAAUUGUUCAAACUUCCGCCUAGAUGAUGUCGUCUAUUCCGUGUUGGGGAGACCCCUCUGAUAUGGAGUCGUCAGUGGUCAGCUCGGCCUCAGAGUCACACGUAUGAUCCUCACUCCAUCCCUCCCUCAACCCGCCAGCACUCUCAUUCUCUAUCACAAGAGCCGGUGCCACUGCUGCUGAACGUUUCACCUUCAACCGAUACUUCUUAGCUUCCGUUUUUCUCGGAGAGGCCACAGCAUUUUCAGCCCCGCUGCGAUUUUCGCCACCGUCUGGUGGAUUUUUCCUGGUUUUUGCUUGU